CAAGAUGUCGGUCGCCUGAGAAAGAGACGUUCACUUGCUGGUGGGAGCCUGGAUCAACAGGUGGACUGCCCACCAGCUACCACCUGUAUUUCAGAAAAGAGAGUGCAGCCUCACGCUCCAGAGAAUGUGAAUGUGACUUUCAUUCAGACCACGAACAGCCCCUAUUUCCUGGUGCAGUGGCAGCCUCCGCAUGACGCAGACACGCGUUCAGGCUGGGUAACAAUCAAAUAUGAAGUUCGCUUAAAAAUUGAGAACAGCGGAGACAAGGAGGACAGCAGUUGGGAGUCAUAUAGUGCUGGAAAACAAUUGGAGUUCAGCAUCUACAGUCCGCAGCCUGGAGCAAGUUACGUUGUGCAAGUGCGCUGUAAACUAGACCACGGCCUCUGGAGUGAAUGGAGCCCCUCUGCAUUCAUCCAGAUUCCAGACGAUAUGUCUGACACGCAGAAUGCGGUUAUGAUUAUUGCCGUCACGCUAACCGUCAUCAUUUUCCUGUUGACUGCAGGAGUGCUGACAGUCAAGAUGAAACCGGUGAAGCAUUUUUUACUGCCACCAGUUCCAGAACCGAAAAUCAGUGGCUUAGACACUCAGCUCCUUAAGAGUGGGAAGUCUGAGGAGAUCUUCAGUGCUCUGAUUACUCCAGGAUAUCCUCAAAUAGCCCAGAGUUCAGACCGUCAAGUGGAGUACCUCGUGGUCUCCGACUAUGAUAAGGAAAUGGAUUUUGAUGGCAAAGCUCAUCUCGAGUACCACAAGGGAGAAAAUCGUCCCACAGAUAAUGCACAAAAGGUCUCUCAAAACAGCAUCAAGAUCUCAUUGAACAGCAGCCAGGAUCUAAAAACAACACUGAGCGAAAAUGUCCACUCUGGGACCGUUUCCAAUCAGCUAAGUGUCCUUGGAGAGCCUCAACAACUACUUCACCUUAAUUGCAAUGGCUCACCAGUAAAAGCUCAGGACCAAAACACUCAAAUGAGCUCCGGUAGUAAUUGUGAGCACGUCAGCAUCAACCCUGCUGGACUUUCGGAGUACAUUGAGGUUGACGAAGACCAGAAACCUCUGGUCAGGGAGGACUACAGUAUGGUCAGUGACGUUAUCAGUGAUAACAUCCUUGUACUACAAGACAACAUCCCUGUACAGGGACACAAAGAGGUCAAAUGUGACAAAACAUCUGAAGCUGAGGAAACGGGAGGUGUUUUUGAACCUCUGGGAUACUUGGAAACCCUGACAACAUUUUCAAGUGAAUCUUGACUAUUUUGUGACUUUAACUUCAGAGGUUUGGGAUUAUUUUGUCUGGUUGUGUUCUGUUCAAACUGUUAAGCACUUUGUGAGUAGAGAUGUGAGAAGGGUUCUUUCAGCGAUCCGGGGUGUGUUUCCUGUACAGUGACAUAACUAUUCAUAACUGAUUCCUGAAACUGCUGACUGAUCAUUUGAACCACACUGGUUCGACAAUCUAGAACUGUCGUUACUGAGGUCACGCUGGUGGAGUAAUUACUUCUGCUAAUGAAUCAUUUCAGAUCAAAUUAAUGUCAGAUUAUCGAUAACAAACAUGGCAUCUGAGGACUAUAAUAUCUUUUUUGAAGAGUGUCAAUGAACCGCGAAUGAAGCAAUACAAUGGCGAACAUUGUUCACACUCUUAAGAAACUGCGCUUUCAUUCUCUUGACAAACUAAAAGACAUAGAAUUAAAUUUGUAUAUAUAUUCUAUGUCAGCUUGCGUAUUUUACUCAAGCACAUGAUCUGUUGAUCCACAUGUCAUUCUAACAAGAAAUGGUUGUAACUACAGGGUGAGAGCUGUAGUUCCAUCCACAUGACUUUGCGAUGCCAUUUUUGUUCGUUGGAACUAUGAUUUCUGGAAACUGCCAAUUUGCAACCAUAGUUGGCUAGCAAUGCUUUUGGGAAACGCACCCCUGCUAUGUUGUAUCUGUCAGUAUGCACAACUACAGAUACAGUUCGCACAGUUUCUGUGGAUAAUUCAGGCUAAACAGCAGGAAGCUGCAGUAAUGGGUUGAAAAUUAGAUUAAAAGGCAGCGUCAUUCAAACCAUUACACAUUGACCAACCGCUGUUCAAAAAUACCCCACUAAAGAGCAUUAUAUUAAUUUUUAAACCUUUCAAAUGUUUCUUCAACCUACUACCUCAUAGCAGACAUCCACAAAACAUCCCACUAUGAGUUUCUGCCACUUUCUCUUGAGACCUGGCACUUUUCUCAAUGCUUGCUGCUCCUGAUCUUUGAAAGUUGAUUGUUGCUAAAAAUGGGCAUAGUUUAAUGGAAACUAUGAGCUCCUUUUGUAUAUUUAUUCACAAUGAUACUAUGAAUAUAAAAAGUGUGAGAUUUCUUUGGCCAAAACAGCUAAAGACUUUACUGUGUAUUUAUUGAACUAGAUCUAGUAUUUGUAUGUCGC